AUAAAAAAAUAUCAGGAAAAAUUUUACCUUUAUUACGCUGUCAUUAUUACUAUUGAGGUGUAAAAGAAAAAUAGAUAACAAUUGAAAUAUUUGUUGUUGAAGUGAAUUUUUAAUAUACGUGACAAAAUGUGCAACAAUGAUUUAUGGGCGAAUUUUAUAUUAAAAGAAUGUUUUUAUUUUGAAAUAUGAUUAAGACACGAGUUUUUAAAUAUACAUUUUGCGCAGGGAAAUCUUGUGGAUUAAGUUAAAAAUGAAUCGACUCUCCAAAGAAAGAUCAUAAGUACUGUCGAUAGAGACAUUAAAAUUUACAAAUUACUAAUUUUUUUAUUAUAAAUAAACAAAAUGGCAUACGACGAUGUUAUACUUCGAAUGGGCGAAUUUGGCCGCUAUCAACGUAGAAUUUAUUUGUUACUAUGUCUUCCUGCAAUUAUUUGUGCUUUCCACAAAAUGGGAGGAGUUUUUCUUGGCAGUAAACCCGACACAAGGUGUCUUCUUCCAGUAGAAAGUCAGUCAAAUGCAACAUUCAUAUUGCCAGAAAAUUAUGUGAAUGUGAGUUAUCCAAUGGAGGAAACAAUAAUUGGCGUUAAGAAAAUAAAACCGUCACAAUGCAAAAUGUAUGAUAUUAAUAUUCCACCGUCUGUGACGACAUUGGACCAAUAUGCUUUAUUUGCUGCAAAUAAUCCCCGAAAUGUUGUCAUACCAUGUGACACUUUCGUUUAUGACAAGAGUAGAUUUACUCGAACAGUAGUGACUCAGUGGAAUUUAGUUUGUGAUGAAUCCUGGUUAGUAUCAUUUGGAGAUUCUUUAUUUAUGGUAGGUGUUAUGCUUGGUUCGAUAAUAUUUGGUUACUUGUCGGACAAAUAUGGACGUAGACCAAUAUUCUUUAUGUCAUUGGUCAUUCAACUUGUGAGUGGUACUGUCGUUGGUCUUGCACCAAAUUUUAUCACCUACGUCAUCUUCAGGGCAAUUAUUGGCUCAACGACAAGUGGCGUCUUCCUGGUCGCCUAUGUCAUUGCACUCGAGAUGGUUGGUCCAAAGAAAAGAUUAAUAGCCGGUGUUGGUUGUCAAUUAUUCUUCACUUUUGGUUUUAUAUUGACUGCCGGCUUUGCUUAUUUCAUUAGAGACUGGCAAAUGCUACAGAUUGCUCUCACUCUUCCGAAUAUAUUAUUUUUAGCAUACUGGUGGUUCAUUCCAGAAUCGGCUCGCUGGUUAUUGACAAAAGGACAGACAAAAGCCGCCAAAGAAUUAUUGCAGAAGGCAUCGAAGGAAAAUGGAAUUGAGAUUAUGGACGAAACAUUGGAAGUACUUUUACAUGAUGGCAAUGAGGGUUCAACUCCAGAUGUCAAUGAACCUUCUUUAAUUGAUUUGUUUCGAUAUCCGAAUCUCAGGCGAAAGAGUUUCCUUUUAUUUUUCAAUUGGUUUAUAAACAGCGGAGCGUACUAUGGCCUUUCAUGGGCUUCGUCAAAACUUAGUGACAAUGAAUUUGUCACUUUUGCUCUAUCCGGAGCUGUGGAAGUACCUGCUUAUUUAUUUCUUAUAUUUACAUUAAAUAAAUGGGGUAGAAAAGUCAUUUUGUGCGGAUGUAUGAUUGCCUCAGGAGUAUUUCUAGUUGCCACUCCUCUAGUUCCUGCAGGAUUGGACUGGCUGACUAUCACGUUCGUCAUGAUCGCCAAGUUUGCGAUCACAGCCUCUUAUGGUGCUAUUUAUGUGUUCACUGCCGAACAAUUCCCAACAGUUGUACGGAAUGUUGGCCUCGGAGCAAGUUCUACAUUCGCGAGAGUCGGAGGUAUUAUUGCACCCUUCAUUAAUCAUCUUGAUGAAAUUUGGUUCCCCCUACCGAAUCUUAUUUACGGCGGAGCCGUUUUAUUCGCCGGACUAUUGUCACUUUUGUUGCCAGAAACACUUAACAAAAAAUUACCCGAAUCCAUUCAAGACGGAGAACAAUUCGGAAUGAAAAAGAAGAAGCAAAAGAAGAUAAAAAAGGUUCUUGAUUUAAACGACAUAUCACUAAAAUCGGAAAAAACGAAAGAAAAUGGUAUUUACGAGAAAUAAUUUCUUUUCUGAUAAAUAGUUAAUAUUUUUAUCAACGAUGAAAAAUUCGGCUAUGCUCAAAGUAUUUUACUGCAUUCCUGUCACUGACAAAAUUUGCUUUAUAGAGAGGAAAAAAAAAAAAUGUACAAAUUCUGUGAAUAGGAAAAUGUGCCAAGCCAUAAUGUGCCAAGUCAUAAUAAUUAAUAAUAGAACGUCAUUACACAAUCGAUUUUUUUAACAUUUAAAAUUUUAUUUUUUAAACUAAAAAAUUUACUUUGCGCAAAAAAAAGAAAAUCACAACUCCGACAUAUCGUUUAGAAAUAAUUCCUAUUGGACGAAAAUCGAAUAAUUAUUUUUUCGUUCUUUGGAUUGAAUUUUGAUUAAUUUUUCUAUUUAAUAAUUUUUUUUUGAGAAAUGAUCCUUUUUUUAAAGGAUUUUUUAAAAGAAUUUUUAAACGAUUUUUUAAAGGAUUUUUAAAGGAUCAUUUUCUUUUAAAAGGAAAUUAAAAUUUUUCUUUUGUCCAAUGGGAAUAUUCGUACACCAGAUACCGGAAAGUAUUUUUACAAAUGUAUUCGCAAAGAAGGAAGAAAAAAAAGUGUACGUGUGUUUAUACUCUCGAGAGAUAAGAUAUCGAAAAGUAAUUAGAAAUUAUUUUUUUUUCUAAUAAAAACAGAACAUCUCGCUCUCUAGUUACUAAUAUUUAUUGUGAUUUUUUUUCUUCAAGAGACGCGAGAAUUAAUUUUC